GCCGUCUACAAAAUCCUCCAGGACCACGAAGAAUCGAAAAGCGCCGAUAAAUUGAAAACUAGGACAUCGAUUCACUCCGCUAUGUGCAGGACCCGCCCCACCACCCUCCAACAGUAGGUUACCGAGUGUGAAACGAAGCGAGAUAAUGUUCCGACAUGAGGGUUAACCCGUGUCGGCACUGGCGGAAGUGGAAACCUUCUAUGUGCCCCGAAUCCGAACGGGAGUGAAGUGCGAUCGAGGUUGCUCCACGGAUAACCCACGGAGGCCGCAAGGUGUAAAAGUGAAAUAAAGAAAAACUGUUCACAAUGUGCGUGUGUGUAAGUGCUGUGCGGGAUACUCUUUGUGUGAUUCCCUAAUCACCGGUGUCCAGUUGCGGAAAGUGCCUCCUCUGGCGUAUCCUUAGUGUUGUUGCUGCUGACCACCAAACCACGGACAAAACAGUGCCGAACACCGACGCUCCGGCAAAGCAUGGUAGAUUCCUGCCCUCUACACGCGGCCAGCUUUGAAAAUGUACCUUUGGCUCAGGAGAACCACAACGAAUUGCAUGCCGAGAACGACCGAGGUGCCGAGCCAGAGAAUCGACGCGAGUGUCACCAACGGGAGCACUGGCAAACCGACUCGGAGGUCCAAGUGACAAAGAUGAGCAGUGGAAGUGUCGCUCCAACAGCAGAACUGACACAACACCACCAACAAGAGAAGGAGAAAGGGGAACAGCGGCAGCAGCAGCAAGAGGAGCAACAAGUAGUAGUAGUCGCAAUCGACCCGGAAUCGGCGGCACAUGAUAAGGUUAUAAGCAAUUACCAUCACCAACUGUUGACACAGGAACAGCAACAGCAACAACCUGGCAAAACGGAACUCAGGCCGGAGAGCAACAGUCGGCUUCUUCCAGAACAUGCGGAACAGCAACAGCAUCUGUAUCAGGCGACGGAUGAAAGAAGUGUUCCUGUGCUAACAGACAGUAACGGAGAGCUGCACCAGUAUCAGCAGCUGGAGGGUCUAGAAGCACAUCAAGCUAAUCCUGCCCCAACGCCAACCGACGUCAUGCGUCAUCCCCAGGAAUCUCACCAUCGACCGCAGCCUCUGGGCGAGGUGGAAUCGGGCGAGGAAAGCGACUGUGUAGUCGUGGCAGCGACCACUGCCGAGCGGAAAGUGGAACCAUUGAAGAUCAACCUAGCACGAGACCGCGAACCUAUCCGGACGAUCAUUAAACUGCCAGGGGCUGGCUCACUAGAGCAUCACAGUGGGGCACAGCUAUCUCCGACCAUCCGGGAGAUUCCCGGCUCGCCGAAGAUCACGAUCAAACCACCGAAACCCCCACCAUCGGCAACGGCAACCAUGGACAGUUCGCAUUCGGGUGGCGGUGGCAACGGGGAUCACAGUACUAACAGCGUGCCCGCAUCUAACAGCAUUCCAAAGCUUACCAUAAAGCCGCUUAUAAACCCGGCAAUGGGUGAAGAGACAGCCACGGCCGAUGAUUCAACGGCAGCGGGAGCAAAUGCCAGUAGUGAGCACAUGCAGAUUAUUCCCAAACUGCUGAUCAAGGGCUCGUCUUCAGCCUUAGAGUCUGGUGGAGUGGCUGGGCGGGAUGUAGCGAUGGAACCACACAUUGUGCCUAAACUGACGAUACGUGGUGUCAACAACCACAAUCAUCAUCAUCAUCAUCACCAUCACCAGCUGCAGCAUGCUCACCACCAUAGCCAGCAGCAGCAGCAGCAAUCGCAACAUAGUCAAUCGGUCGUAGUGGGAGAUGUACAUUCGCAGCCACCACAACAUGCCGCGUACAGCAACAAUGUAUCUUCCGCAUCAUUGCUAACUGAUGGCAGCGGUGUAGGAGUAGCCGGUCCAUCCGGUUCCAGUUCGUCCGGUUCACCCAACACACCGCUAGUUCCAAAGUUGACGAUCAAAAUGGAUAAUCAUCACCAUCACGGGCACGUUCAGCAACAUGGCAGCAUGGAAAAUGCAUCGAUACCGAAGCUGCACAUUAAAACUAUUCCACCGGACGGCAGUGGUGGAGUGUUGUUGUUGACAACCGCUUCCGCAUCAUCAUCGAUGGCAGCUGGUAUGGUAGCGGGAACAUCGUCCACCAGCAGUGGCGGAAGCACGGCACCAGCAGGAUCCUCACCAGUGCUAACUAGCUCCGAAGGUGUGAAGCUAACGAUAAAACCACUACCGGAGCAACCAAAGUUGCCGAAGCUGACCAUAAAAACGACUGGCCUGGGAACGAUAGCAGAAACAAGUGACGCAUCGCUAGUGUCCUCGACCAGCAGCAGCUUUUCGCCCAAAACCGAGCUGCAAGUUCUGGUAGCAACACCCAACUCUGGUGCCACGACAUCCGUCAACAGAGUGCAGUUGGGAUCUCCUUCGACGACGACGACGGGUGGUCACCAUCAUCACCACCAAUACCAACACCACCACCAUCACCACCAAGCGCAACUUCAGCCUUUAUCGCCAAGUGACCAGCAUUCGAACAUCAGUUCCAGCUCGAUUCCAAAGCUCACGA